AGGAGUGUACAUAAACUAGACCGGACCUAAAAACCGACCCGAACUGGACUUGUUGGGACCGUACCUGAUCCGGACUUGUAGAUUCAGGUUCGGUCCCUCCUUGAAAUUCAGGGAUUCCGGUUCUGGUCUAAAACCGGGGGUUUCAGGUCCGAACCUAAAACCCGGUAAAAUUGUGUUUUAAAAGGAAAAAAAAAAAAUUCAAAAAUCAAAACAAAAAAUCAGUUUUCCUUUCUAAACCAGAACUCCCUCACAGCCUCAUUCAGUCACGACACCCAGACGGCCAGACCCAGUCACGCCUCACGCACUCAAUCUCUCCCCUCAGGCGACCACCAGACACCGGCCAAGCGCCCAUCAGCCACAGCCCACCAGCGCGACAACCCUCCCUGCACGCUGCAUCAGCCAGACAGCCACCGCCGCUAGCCCCGCUACUACCUGAAAACUAGGAAUUAGGAAGUCAAAGCGUGAAAUAGUUGGAACUCUUAAACCAAAUUGGCGCUUCCUUCUCCCCUGACUCAGUCCCCUUCACACUCUUUCUCCUCGUUAUUAACUCCUCUGCCAUUCCGACGCCGAUCUCCGCCGCUUUUCGGCCUACACCAUCGCCUACCAUCUCGAUACCAUUGUUGCUCCUUCCACCUACAACGCCAAGAUUUUUGAACAGAGUUGGCUUGUUCUUUGGUCAUGGCACAAGGAGAACCUGUUACUACUCACAUAGAACCUGUACAGGCUAAUGACACACCUAGGAGACCCAGGAUCCUUCUAGCUGCAAGUGGAAGUGUUGCUGCGAUCAAGUUUGGGAACCUCUGUCAUUGCUUUUCUGAGUGGGCUGAUGUAAAAGCAGUGGCGACUAAAUCUGCAUUGCAUUUUAUUGACAGCGUGACAAUUCCAGAGGAUGUGAUUCUGUACACAGAUGAGGAUGAAUGGUCCAGUUGGAGUAAAAUAGGUGACAAUGUCCUUCACAUUGAGCUUCGCAGGUGGGCUGACAUCAUGGUUAUUGCCCCUCUUUCAGCAAAUACUCUUGGCAAGAUUGCUGGAGGAUUAUGUGACAAUCUGCUGACAUGCGUUGUACGGGCCUGGGACUACAGCAAGCCUUUAUUUGUAGCUCCAGCUAUGAACACCAUGAUGUGGAACAACCCAUUUACAGAGAAGCAUCUUCUGUCAAUUGAUGAGCUCGGCAUUACUUUGAUUCCUCCUGUUACAAAGAGGCUGGCUUGUGGAGACUACGGAAAUGGAGCUAUGGCUGAACCAUCUCUCAUCUAUAAGACCAUACGACUGUUCUUGGAGUCUCAUCGGCUCCAAGCUGGCUCAAAUGUGUAAAAUUUUUUAGUUGCCGUUCCUAAACUGAGCUAAUUUUGUGAAGUUUGUGGAUGUUCUAUGACUUCAUUGUAUAGAAGUUGGAUUGUGUGAAUGUUUGCUACCAUGAUACUGGGUGUUCGGAUUAAGUACGCAUGUUGUAGAGCUUUUGUUUGCCUGAUUAAAGGCUGAUGAUUUGUUGUCAAUAUUUAAGCAGUGUAGUUUGUUGAACACUGUUUUAUGGAACUAGACAUUUGCAAUGCAAAUUUCAAUUGUGUCA